CGUUGUUCUCUGUUUCCCAGACUUUUCUUCUUUCCCUGGGCCUGUUACUUCAGCGUGCUGAACUGGCAAAGGUCACUUGUGCAUGUAAUCCGGCCUGUUGAAUCGCAGUCACCAGCAAUGUUAUCUGGUGAGACUGUCGAGUUCAUUACUGUUUGUGGAUAUAAAUGAGCCUCGCUGGCAGUGGCCGUCUGAAGCAUCGGCCAUGAGUGAGCCAGACACGGACGAGGUAUCUCAUGUUGUGGAGGACAUGCAUCAGUCGGGUACGCAGGCGACACCCGAUGAGACCUCCGAGAAGCGUUACUACCCUCCUCGAACGUGCCGUAUUUGUUUGGAGGUGGUUCUCCCGACCUAUGAACCCCCGUCAGAGAACUUGCCUGGAUUUCUGCAGCACAACCCACGCGUUAUUUAUAUGUCAUCAGAUCCGGAUUUGGGGCGACUGCUACGACCGUGCAAGUGCAAGGGGUCAUCUCGAUAUGUUCAUGAAGGCUGUCUUAGAUACUGGCGGCAUGCCGACUCUGAUUACCGGUCGAGAAACUACUGGCACUGCCCGACCUGUGGAUUUCAGUAUCGUCUCGAACGCCUUAGAUGGGCUCGCUGGAUUAGUAGCAUCUGGACCCAGUUCGGACUAACCUUUCUUGUUUUGAUUUCAACUGUUUUCUUGCUCGGUUUCGUUGCUGACCCCAUUAUCCAUCUCUAUUUCACCCACAUGGAAUCCUUUUAUGACUUAGACUUUUGGGAACCCGACCUAGAGUUUGAUGUUGUGGCUACGGGCAGUUUUAAUCGCUGGCUUCUUCAUUUCACCAAGGGGUUGGCCUCCUUAGGAGUCCUGUCUUUUAUUAAAGCUCUAUUCGCCUUGUCGUCAUGGCACUGGUGGGGUCUGCGCAGUACUGGCCUGGUCAGUAGCGGCAGAAAUACUGGACGGAGCCGGGUCUCGUCUGUUACAUGGCUGGUUAUUUUGAUCGGCGUUGGAGCCUUCCUUGUGACUGUUUACAAAGCCUUAAGAGCAUGGAGUCGGAGGACUUUGGAGAAAGUCGGAGAACAUGUCAUGGAUGUUCCUUUACCCGAUGACGACGAGGAAGACGCAGAGACGUUGAAACUAUAUAUCCUUCUUUUAUCUUUUCACAUUGUCCAGGUGGUCGAGGCUGUAUCAAAAUUAGUACUUGAAAAUGAAUACUGCAAGUGA